AACCCUUCAGUAUUUGGUACGACCAACUCCGCCACUCUCCCUUUAUUUUCUUUCAAGCGUACAUGUCAAAUGGUUCGAUCUGCACUGAAUGAAAUGUCAGAUUCAGGGGCUUUUACCAGACCUGCCUCGACAUUUCGCAACUUCAUUUCUCGAGAUCCAAAUUCUCAGUUUCCACCUGAGUCAGGAAGGUAUCAUUUGUACGUGUCAUAUGCUUGCCCUUGGGCUUCUAGGUGCCUAUCUUACUUGAAGAUCAAAGGACUUGACGAAGCCAUUGGUUUCACGUCUGUCAAACCCAUAUGGGAAAGGACGAAGGAAACAGAUGAUCAUAUGGGAUGGGUUUUUCCAGCCUCUAAUACAGAGGAACCGGAUGCUUCACCUGACCCCUUUAACUGUGUGAAGAGUAUAAGGGAACUGUACGAGCUUGCAAGUAGGAACUAUACCGGGAAAUUCACCGUUCCUGUUCUAUGGGACAAGAAAUGCAAGACUAUUGUUAGUAACGAGAGUGCAGAGAUCAUCCGCAUGCUAAAUACUGAAUUCAACGAUAUAGCAAAGAAUCCUGCUCUGGACCUAUAUCCUCCUCAUUUGAGAGCUCAAAUUGACGAGGCAAACGAAUGGGUAUACGAGGGAAUCAAUAACGGUGUUUACAAAUGUGGGUUUGCCAGAAAGCAAGAGCCUUACGAUGAGGCUGUAAAACAUCUAUAUGAAGCUUUGGACAAAUGUGAGGAGAUUCUUUCCAAGCAACGCUACAUCUGUGGAAACAUUCUAACCGAGGCAGAUAUUCGACUGUUUGUGACCCUCAUAAGAUUUGAUGAGGUCUAUGCCGUUCAUUUCAAGUGCAACAAAAAGCUUCUACGAGAGUACCCCAAUUUGUUCAACUAUACCAAGGACGUUUACCAAAUCCCAGGGAUGAGCAGUACGGUUAAUGUGCAACACAUCAAGCGCCAUUACUAUGGAAGCCAUCACACUAUAAAUCCAUUUGGGAUAAUCCCUCUCGGACCGGAUAUCGACUAUUCUUCUUCACAUGACCGAGCACGGUUUUCUGCAUAGCAAAUAUAAGAAGUUGUGUCCCAUUCCUUUACAUUGUUGCAGAAUCUUUUUGGUGUACAAUAAAAGCCUGAAAGGGGAACGAAGAGAAGAAAAACAUACUUGCGAUGCUGGUCGCUUCAGCAUGUUCGUUGUUGUAUCAUUAGCAUAAUAUAUAUAUAUAAGCGUAAUAUAAGCGUGUUUAUGGAAUCAUAUCUUUGGCU